CGCCUUGUUAUGGGGUUUUUGCGGUCACAGAACGUCCUCGUGACUCGACAACAGGUCCGAACUAUCAUGCAAGCACGAGACCCUGAGAGAAACGGGUUACGGAGGGCUCAAGUGCUUCGCCGUAGGGAUUAUGACGUCCCGUUCAUCAAUUCUCUGUGGCAUAUGGACGGCCAACACAAGUUGAUCAAUUGGAAGUUUGUCAUACAUGGAGCAGUAGACGGAAAGAGUCGCUUGAUU